AUGAAGGUGGUGCGAAGGGUCUUCUGCUAAAUAACCUAAGAGUUUAUGGUGAUUGCCAUGUCCUUUUUGAUUCAUUCAAGAUACCUGGGAAGUCUGUACCAGAAGCAACUCGGGAUGAUGGAAUAAUUUCCAUUGAUAUAUGUUGUGCUAAAGUUUUGUGGCUUUGGAAUUAUAUGUUGGUCUUGGGUUUUUUCCCUUUAAGUGCUGGAAGAUUCUUUGUAUGUGAUCCACUAUCAAUUGAUUGUUUUGGACCUUCUUUGUUGGUAUGGAUUGUGUUGAAGUAAUGGUGUUGAAUAUGCGCAAGGAGGAGGAGAUAUCGCCCAGUCUGACUUCUGAGGCAUGUAAUUUGUCAUACUAAGUAGAGAGAUGCCGGUGCCAGCCAAAACAGAUUUUGCUAGGCCAGAUUUCACCGAACAAACUUUUUGAGUCGUUAGAUCAAGACUCUCAUGAUGUUGAUCAAAUAUCUUCAAACUAACAGAAGGUGACAAAGACACUUAUUCUUGUGUGUCUUGAUCACUAAUUUGGAAGGAGGCCCUUGAAACCACUGAAAUUUGGUAUUCCUAUGUGCUUUGUCUUGCAGGCGAGUGAGCCAUUUACUUUUCCUGAUGCUGGUGAUGAAGACAGAUCUGAGAGAGUUGAUGAUUACUUGUUUUGAUGUUUAGGAUUUUUUUCACAAUUUCUGGGCGGGUCCUGAUCAUUUUAAGUAUUGGAAGGUUAAAGAUAAGAUUUCGUAGGAAUAUAUAACUUUCCAAUCCUCCUCUCUCUGUCAUGGGAGAAAUCUAUAGCUGUUUGAAGUUUCUUGGGUGUUUAAUAUCUCAUGAACAUUCUCAGUCUCAUAGUAACCUUGAUAUGAAGAUGGAUCACCAGUAAAGACUAUGAAAACGAAGAGCCGAAAUACAGAAUCUGACAUUGCUCUCACUAAAGCAUUGAACACUGGUCUAUCCCGUGGCUUUGUUCUUCCUAAGAAAUCCAAGUUACUACUCCUUGAAACUAUAACACCACGUAACAGGUUACUUCCAGAAGAUCGUCACUAUAAGCCUAAGAACCUAUUGAAGUUGUUCCUCCGAGUCAAUGUCACGUGCCUUGGAAGGAGAAGAAACCAGACCCCAGGCACUCUCAUGGUGAACAGGUGUGUGGGGAAGUGUCAUCAGGAUGGUUCGGAUUACUUGCUGACUUGGCAUGUGUUUCAGAAGCUAAAGGAGGUUUACGUUGGGGACAAUAACGCACUGAUGUGGCAGUUUGCUGGUGUUCUCUUUGGGUGGAAGGCCAUCUUGCAAAGAGCAAGAAAGAAAGUAAUCGCCUUUAUCAGCAUUAGAGUCAUUAUUCAAUUCUCUUAAUGUGAAGAAACUUGAUGCCGCUUUUGCUAUAGAUCCUCUUCCAUCAUCAGAUGUCAACUCAGUUUGAUGAAGGUGGUGCGAAGGGUCUUUUGUUAAAUAACUUAGGAAUUUACGGCGAUUGCCAUGCCCUUUUUGAUUCAUUCGAGAUACCUGCUGUACCAAAAGCAACUUGGGAUGAUGGAAUAAAGUCCAUUGAUAUAUGUUGUGCUAAAGGUUUGUGGCGUUGGAAUUAUAUGUUGGUCUUGGGGUUUCCCCCUUUAAUUUCUGGAAGAUUCUUUGUAUGUGAUCCACUAUCAAUGGAUUGUUAUGGACCUCUUUGUUAGUAUGGAUUGUGUUGAAGUAAAGGUGUUGAAUAUGCCCAAGGAGGAGGAGAUAUCGCCCUGUCUGACUUCUGAGGCAUGUAAUUUGUCAUAUUUAGUAGAGAGAUGCCGGUGCCAGCUGAAACAGAUUUUGCUGGGCCGGAUUUCACCUGUACAAUCUGGAGUCGUUAGAUCAAGACUCUCAUGAUGUUGAUCAAAUAUCUUCAAACUAACAGGAGUUACAAACACACUUAUUCUUGUGUUGCCUUGAACACUAAUUUGGAGGAGGCCCUUGAAACCACUGAAAUUUGGUAUUCCUUUGUGCUUUAUCUUGCAGGCGAAUGAGCCAUUUACUUUUCCUGAUGCUGGUGGUUGAUGAGUACUUGUUUUGAAGUUUAGGAACUUUUUCACAAUUUCUGGGCGGGUCCUGAUCAUUUUAAGUAUUGGAAGGUGAAAGAUAAGAUUUUGUAGGAAUAUAUAACUUUCCAAUCCUCCUCUCUCUGUCAUGGGAGAAAUCUAUAGCCGUUUGAAGUUUUUUGGGUGUUUAAUAUCUCAUGAACAUUCUCAGUCUCAGAGUAACCUUGAUAUGAAGAUGGAUCACCAAUAAAGGCUAUGAAAACGAAGAGCCGAAAUACAGAAUCUGACAUUGCUUUCACUAAAGCAUUGAACACUGGUCUAUCCCAUAGCUUUGUUCUUCCUAAGAAUUCCAAGUUACUACUCCUUGAAACUAUAACACCACGUAACAGGUUACUUCCUGAAGAUCGUCACUAUAAGCCUAAGAACCUACUGAAGUUGUUCCUCUGAGCCAAUGUCAAGCAACUCUAGUCACUUUGAUGGGUUUGUUAUUUGCUGACUACCUUAAAAAUAUAUUCUGAUUGCCUGUAUGAGUCUCUUGCAGUAGUGCCUUGGAAGGAGAGGAAACCAGAGCCCAGACACUCUCAUGGUGAACAGGUUGGUGGGGAAGAGUCAUCAGGCUAGUUCGCAUUGCUUGCUGACUUGGCAUGUGUUUCAGAAGCUAAAGGAGGUUUACUUUGGGGACAAUGAUGGGCUGACCGUGCAGUUUGCUGGUGUUCUCUUUGUGUUAGAGGUUCUUUCUCCCUAAUUAUAGAUUAUUUAGUUUCAGAAUUUCUGUACAAUCCAUUUUUAUUAAUUCUAAGGAAUUUUUUUAGUUUGGUUAA